GCAGAGUGCGGCUGAGGAACAUGUGAACGAUCGUUUCCGCUCAAGUGUGUUUACUGUUCAUUUAUCAUUAAAUUCAACGAGUAGAAGAAGAAGAAAGGAGCGGAAGUAACGGAAGUAACGAAGGAACGAUCUGAAGAAACGAUGAAGAAGAAAGUGAACCGCAGCGCUGAGGCGUCUUCAGAUCCGUCCCCGGACUACGUGGUGGGACAAGUGUCCGGCAGCUUGUUCAAGACGAGUUCUGCAGCGUCCGGCUCGCUGGCGGCUUUGUUCAGCGCCACGACCCCGGCUGCGUCUCGCCUGUUCCAGCCGGCGCCCGAGCCCGUUCAGAAGGCCGCGGAGGAGCAGCAGCAGAAGAAGAAGGAGACUCCAGAGGUCAAAGGUCAGAAGAAGAAGCUGCCAGAGAAGUCAGUGGCCGAACAGAAGCUGGAGAACAGAGAGAGCAGCCUGCAGACGGCAGACGAAGACGAGCGCGGCCGGGGGACGUCCGGGAAGAAGAGGAAGGCUUCAGGGCCGGGGAGAGAGAACGAGACCGAGGUCUGGGUGAUGAAGAGGCAGAGGACGAAGGCCUGCAGAGAGGAGGAGUCAGCGAAGAGAAAGAGGACGGUGUUUGUGGGUAACCUGCCCACCAGCUGCACCAAGAAGACCCUGCGGAGCCUCUUCAGGAACAAAGGAUCCAUCGAGUCCAUCCGCUUUCGCUCUGUGGUCAGGGAGGAUCCCUCCAUGUCCCGGAAAGUCGCAGCCAUCAAACGCAAAAUUCAUCCCAAGAAGCAAAGCGUGAACGCCUACGUGGUGUUUACAGACGAUGACGGCGUCGCCAAGGCGUUGGAAAGUAACGGCACGGAGAUCGAGAAAGACUUCCACAUCCGAGUGGACCGAGUGACUGACAGCUCAUCGCACGAUCACAAGCGUUCGGUUUUCGUGGGGAAUCUCUCGUUCGAAAUAAACGAAAGCGCAUUUCGACAACAUUUUGAGGAGUGUGGCUCGGUGGAGGCAGUGAGACUCGUCCGGGACCAGACCUCCGGGCUGGGGAAAGGAUUCGGAUACGUCCUGUUUGAGAGUCCCGACUCGGUCCAGCUGGCGUUGAAACUGGACGGCUCCAAGCUGGAGGACCGAGCCGUGCGGGUCAAGAGGUCCGUGAAGAAAGAAAAACAAAAGAAUAAACCAAACGCCAGAGGAACCACAGGGAGGCCGGGAAGAGGUCCAGCCAAGGGUCCAGCCAAGGGUCCGGGGCGGGAGAAAGGAGGUUUUAAGUCUCAAAAGAAAUUCACAGGAAACCAGCAAAGUUCAACCAAAAGCUCCGGAUCCUUCAAAGGACAAAUGGUGGAUCCAACUAAAAAGAAAAAACUGAAGAAGAAGGUGAAGCCAAACAAGACUGUUCACAUCUGAGGGAACUUUCUCCUGAGCACACGGAUUCAACUUCUCAAAGAAAACACAAGUUCUGACCUUGUUUUGUUGCACGACUCUUUCUGUUGCUGUUCUUUAUCAAAAGGAUUUUCUUAAACCUUUAAAUCUGUAAAUUGUGAACACAAAUAAAUCCAAAAGUUUCA